AUGGAGAAAAAGACGAAGAAGAAGAAACACUGGAAAAAGUGUUGUAUGAAUGAGAGGAUGGAUUAUUGUGCUUUCCGAUUGUUUCCGGAGAACUGUCGGAUAUCUCAGACGAUCUUCAAAGGCACUGGUGAACUUCAUCGAUUAGGGACUUUCGGAAUCGAGCGAUUCGGGAGUCGUCAACGUUAUACGAUGAACUAUGAAGAUGAGGACUACUCGUAUUCAGAAUUCGAUUCCGAUAGCAGUUCGGACAACUCAACAUCACUUCCUCGAUUUCAACUCGCCAAGUCGCGAUCGGUAGAGAAGUGGUUCGUUCGAAAACCGCAGUACGGAGUGUCACGUGAACAUCUGAAACCUAUCGACAGCAGCUCGUUGUCAACCAUUCCAUCAAAUUUAUCUUCUCUUUUGGAAUCUACUAAUGAAGAAGACUAUCUUUCUGAUUUAUACACUACCGUCCAGAAAAGCGAGAGACAUUGUGUUCCGCCAGUAUUCUCUGUACCACAAGAAUUGUCGCCUGUUAUUGGCGACCCAAUUGAGGAACCACCUAGUGUGCCGUCGUUGCGGCUUCAACGAGAUUGGAGACCUCAGCAGACAUCUACAACGACUUCAUUUCAGCCCUUUGUAUAUUCCUUACCAAAAACAAAUCCGCAUCAUGGGCCGAAGUUUGUGAGUUCGACUCCUCGUUCUUCAGCCGCAGGUCGCAUUCCCAUGUAUAGUUAUAAUCAAAUUAUUGAAAGUGUCUCGCGUCCUAGCAGCUACUGUGGUGAAGACUCGUGUGAAUAUCCGACCACUACGCGUUCUCAUAACGAAAAUGUGAAACCCACGUUUUAUCGCCCGGAAAAUUUUGGUUUACCAACAGGAGUAGCGAAGAAUGUUGGAAGUGAAGGAAUCUUGUUCUUAAGUAUGACAUUGUGCGGCAAUGAGCUGAACAUUACAAUCAACGAGGGUGUAUAUUUUCAAGAUCCGUAUCAACCACAAAUCUCUUCAUAUGUUCGGUUGGAGAUGAAACGUCGAUGUGGUAACAGUCGUAAGCGGUAUUAUCGUGAGAAGAUUCAAUCCUUUAGAACUCGUAAGUGGAUGGCGACAAAUCGACCAGCAUUCAAUGAGAAAUUCACAUUGUGA